AUGAGUCCAAAUUGCUGUGAAACAUCAUCAUCCAAGACAACAUCGACCGGUAGUGGUAAUAUCUCUUCAUCGACUCUCUCGUCAUCACCAUCAACAGCAUCAUGUCCACUUCCUCAAGCUGACCAUCAUAUAACAUGUGUCAUUAUUGGCGAUAGUCAAAUUGGAAAAUCAAGUCUAAUUGUGUCAUACACUACAAAUGAUUUUCCGACUACUUAUGUAUCGACCGCAUUUGAUAAUUAUUCAGUAGAUAUUUCUGUCGGUAAUAGAUUAGUACAUUUCGAUAUUUGUGAUACAGGAGGAAAGGAACAAUUUUCGCCUCUACAUGGUUUAUGUAUUCCAUAUUCGGAUGUUAUAUUGCUCUGUUUCUCUGUUGUUCAACCACAAUCAUUUCAAAAUGCGAUUACCUAUUGGUUAUCACGUGCACGUCGAUCAAAUUCAAAAGUACCCAUUAUCCUUGUUGGUACACAAAUUGAUCUCGUUCAUGAUUUAAAAACUCUCUUACAACUCGAUCAAUUGAAACAAAAACCCGUCACAGAAAAAGAAGCACGUUCACGUGCUCAACAAAUGCAUGCUACAACAUAUUUGGAAUGUUCUGCAUUGACACAAAAAAACUUAAAAACCGUAUUUGAUACGGCUGUUUUAGCAGCGAUUGAUUAUCGCGAUGCAAAUCCAACUCUAACAGCAACACAAUUAUUACCACCAGCAUUAGCUGAAAAAUCCAGUACAAUUUCGGAAAAUAACAAACGACAUCACCAUUCAAAAUCAUGGAAAAAAUUAGUGUCGUGCAUUGGUGUGUAG